AUGUCCUUAAAAGCCGUUCGCCAUGCGAAGCAGAGGCUUGCUCCCGACCCACGCAACUUGCACUGGGCCAAUGAUACCAACAAGUUCGGAUUCAAAAUGAUGGAAAAGAUGGGCUGGUCUCAAGGCAAGGGUCUGGGAGCCAAGGAAGACGGUGUUCAGGAGCAUGUCAAGGUCCGCCUGAAGGAGAACCAGCUCGGAGUCGGCGCCACCAAAAAGUCCAGCGACAACUGGCUCGGCAACACCGACGCCUUCAGUCGUCUCCUCGCCGACUUGAACGAGCGUGUCGAGCAGGACUCGAAGGAUAACAGCGCCGACAACAGCAAGGAGAACAGCGAUGACGAGGACAAUAAGGACGCCAGCUCGGACUCGGACUCGAAGGAGAAGAAGUCAAAGAAGGAAUCCAAGGAGAAGAAGAACAAGAAGGAGUCCAAGGAAAAGAAGAGCAAGAAGGAAGGCAAGGAGAAGAAGGACAAAAAGGACAAAAAGGACAAAAAGGAGAAAAAGUCCAAGAAGAGCUCAAAGGAGAACGACGAUGAUAGGACCAGCAUCAUGGCCGCCAUCAACGGUCGCAAGGCUUCAAGGCACAAAUACCUCCGCAACAAGCACGCCGCCCUCCAGAACAGCGAGCGCCUGAACGAGAUUUUGGGAAUCAAGUCUGAGACAGCUUCGCCCGCCACCUCUGGCAUGUCGACACCCGUCUUGGAGGAGCCCAUGACCUCGACCGACAUCUUUGCCGCCCGCAUGCAACAAAACAACAUUUCCAGCACCACAGCAAAGAAUGACGACGAGCCUGCUCGCCCCAUGUUUGGAGGUCUUGGAUUCGCCACAUCUUCAGGAAUCGGCUCAACAGGAUACAACGGCUCUGGGCUCCGUGGACUCGGAUUUGUCAAGGCCACUGUAUCGGUGAUGCCUUCCACGAUAGAAACCAAGGUCGAGGAGACUGUUGUCGUUGUGUCUACCCCUGCACCUGUUGCUCCUUCAGUAGAGCUGUCUGCAUCUGAAGAGUCUGCCAAGGAGGACAAGAAGAGCAAGAAGGAGAGCAAAGAGAAGAAGGAGAAGAAGGAGAAGAAGAGAAAGUCGGAAGAUUCUGAUAACUCUCGCUCUAAAAAGUCGAAGAAGUAG